AAAAAAGUCUUUUCUGACUGCAUCUACACUCUUGUUUUUUCUUCUGCUGCUUGUCAUGUAAAACAGUACUAGACCCUUGUACUUUUUCACAAGCUCAUUGCAUGAAGAUGAAGAUGAACAUGUCAACUUCCAUCGAGUCUAAGAACCAUAGAUUAUGUCUUCGCCGAGUUCUCCCUUUAUUAUGCCUACUUUCAGCAGGUUUUUUUAUUGGGAGUGUACUUUUGUUCGCAGAUUAUAAUCAGAAGAUUUCAGGAUGGACAUCAGUGAAUGUUGUUUUAUGGGACACGAGACCGAAGACUUGCGAGACUGAAAAGAGGCCUAAAGGAACUGAGACACUACCUAAAGGUAUUGUGUCUCCAAUGUCCGACAUGGAAAUGCGAUCGUUAUGGGGCGACGACAAAAAGAAAACAAAGAAACCAAAACAUGUGCUGGCCAUGGCAGUUGGAAUAAAGCAAAAACUAAGCGUCAAGAAAAUUAUCCAGAAGUUUCCAUCAACUGAUUUUGUUCUGAUGCUUUUCCAUUAUGAUGGCAUCAUAGAUGAAUGGAGAGAUAUGGAAUGGCAUCAUCGUGCUAUACAUGUAUCUGCCAUAAAUCAAACUAAGUGGUGGUUUGCAAAGCGAUUCUUACACCCGGAUAUUGUUUCGGAGUAUGACUACAUCUUCCUGUGGGAUGAAGACCUUGGAGUUGACGAUUUUCAUGCUGGAAGAUAUCUUUCGAUCAUUAAAGAAGAAGGGCUUGACAUAUCACAGCCGGCACUUGAUCCAGAAAGUUCAGAGGUGCAUCAUCAUCUUACGACGAGAAAAAAUGGAUCAAGAAUACACAGGAAGGUGUUCAGGAUAAUUGGUCAGACAAGGUGUGAUGAAAACAGCACAAGGCCUCCAUGCACAGGAUUUGUAGAAAUGAUGGCUCCGGUUUUCUCAAAAGCUUCCUGGCGUUGCACAUGGCAUAUGAUUCAGAAUGACUUGGUUCAUGGGUGGGGCUUAGAUUUUCAGCUCGGUUACUGCGCACAGGCAACUAACCUCUUCUAAAAUUACAUAUGCCUUUAUUUGGAAGAAAAAAAAUGAAAAAUAUAUCUACGUUGUUUAAAAAAUUCCUUAUCUCUUAUCAGGGUGAUCGAACCAAAAGCAUUGGGAUUGUUGACUCCGAGUACAUAGUUCAUUAUGGUCUUCCUACACUAGGAGGCUCUGCAUCAGAAAAGGCGCAAUCAUCGUCCGAUCAAUCUGCUGGCAGACUUUCGGUAAAAAAAUGGUCAUUUGUCGAGCUAGAGAGGUUCAAAAAUAGAUGGAAGAAGGCUGUUAAGGAUGAUGAAUGUUGGACUGAUACGUAUCGAUAAUAACUGACGCAGAUGAAAUACUAGAGCUUUAUUUUGUGACAUUGAACUCGUUUAAGUGAGGGAGGAGAACAAAACUGUGUUCUGCAAUAUACAACACUUACCAGAUAGUACCAGGUUCUUAUGAAUGUGUAGCUGUGAAUAAAGCUUGAGAUCGUAGUCUAUGCUGUCGAUUCUUUUAAAUGAUGAAAGCAACAAUUCCUUUAGAAAUGGAUUGCGAUUGAAGAAAAAUAUGUAUUCUUGAAGAAGAUUAAAAGGUAGUAUCAUUAAAUUUGAUAAACAAA